GCGAGUGUUCGCUUGAGAAAUAGCAUCUUGUUGAUUCAGGCAAUAAUCUGGUUGAGUGAUGGAGGUCGUGAUUAUGAGGAAGCUUCUAUGUGAGUCAAAGAAGCAUCCACGUUGCACGCACGCACACCUGCAUAUUAAAUAAUGUGGACCAUUGCAUUGCUCGGCCUUCCACACAUAUGUAUAAUACCAAGCUGCCUCAUGCAGUUCAUCACAAAAGCAACGCUCAUGACAUUACUGUCCUGUUACUCCAGCAAAGCAGCUAGCUCAGUGAGAGAAAACGCAACGCAAUGCAUGAUAUACCAUCGUCCUAUGCUAUACAUCUCCCAAAAUAAACGCCAAAGGGCAUGUACGUUCAACAAUCGUUAUUCCUCGCUGUGCUAUGCAUGCAAAUGCGCCGUCCACGACCCUUUUGACGCCGAAUUACAAAAUAAAAGUUGAAUCUUGUGCAAUACCGGGUAUCUUUUGCUUC